AAGAAGUUCUGUAAUUUUAUAUUCGUUUUUAGUUUGUCACUAAGUAUUAAACAUAUUUCUUUAUUCUGCCACAUAUAUUCUGCAGUUCUAAUUUUAAUCUCAACAAGGAAGCUAGAGAUAGGAAUUCCCGAAUUCUGCGCCCAGCUUUCGGCAUUACUAUAACUUCCAAGGGAGCACUGAGAACAUCGGGGUUAGGUUUUCCAACUCCCGGGCCUGAGUGGCAGGGAUGAACGCACCAGAACUGCCCUUCAGUGGGCCUCAAAUCCCCUUCCUACCUGGCUGAUAGCUUGAGGACCAGGGCUUGCGGGGGGCGGGGGAAGGAGGGUGCAGACACAUUGAGUCCCCAGGGUAGGCAACAGUAGCAUCCUGGGUAGUGACGAGAACGGCUGGAGGGCUCAGCUUGUCCGCACGAGGCGGGGAGGGUGCCCGCGACCGGUAAGUGGGGGUAGGUGACCAGCAGCCGUUGGGCGUGAAGCUGGUUCCCAGGGGAGAGCCAGCCGUGGCUGCCCUGAUUCUAAGUUGCAGGACCAGACCGACAGCGCCACACCGUGGGGACCCACCAUGGAUCCUGAGGAGAACCAGCGUGUGUUGUUCAGGGAACCUUCAGAGGACUUCCAACAAACCGAGGUUCCUUCAGAGCCCUGGAAGGCGCCGAGAAAACCUACCAGAGCCGUAAAUCUAAAGCCCCUUGGACGGAGAAAGUCCAAAAGCGGAAAGGCCAAAAUAUCUGCUAAGAAGCACACGCUCAAAAAGCCUGCUAAAAAGGAUAAAAAGCUUGCUGAGGAGGUGAUCAAAAAGCUUGCUGAGGAGGAGGAAAUCAAAAAGCUUGCUGAGGAGGAGGAGAUCAAAAAAAAGCUUGCUGAGGAGGAGCAGAUCAAGGAGCUUGCUGAGGAGCAGAUGAAGCCGCGGGCUGAGGAGGUGAUCAAGCAGCUUGGUGAGGAAGGGCAGUCGAUCGUCAAGCGUGCUAAGGGCAGGGCCAAAGUCCCUGACAAAUUCAGCGAUGGCGUCAAACGUUUUUUCUUCUCACCCACUGGAAUAUUGAAGAUCCUGAGAAUGGAUCUUAUCAACAGUAUCAUUUCAUCUGUGUUCCUUUUAGUAGUUGCUUCCUUUGCAAUGCAAGAAAAGAAGAGAAGGCAUUUAUUCUAUGUUGGAGGGUCCCUGUGUCUCACAGCGGCAAUCGUGUGUGGCAUCGAUGCAUGUGUGGUCACCAAGACGAUGAGGAAUAACAUGAAAAGAGUCCUGGGAAUCAAAACCAAAAACUGAGAGCUCUCCCCGCCAGGCGCCCAGCUGAU